GGCUUUCUGGGCUGAAGUAUAAACCUGAGGCCCCUCCAUGUGGCGCUAACAGCGGUAACCUUCCUCUCCGGUAAUAUCACUGUAAGCAUGGCUGAGAACGACGUUGAUAAUGAGCUGUUGGACUACGAGGAGGAUGAGGAGCCGCAGGCAGCCCCAGAGAGCGCCACGCCAGCAGGGAAGAAGGAGGUGAAGGGUUCCUACGUGUCCAUCCACAGCUCUGGCUUCAGAGACUUCCUGCUCAAACCUGAGCUCCUGAGAGCUAUUGUGGACUGUGGUUUUGAGCAUCCAUCAGAAGUGCAGCAUGAGUGCAUUCCACAAGCCAUUCUGGGUAUGGACAUCUUGUGCCAGGCCAAGUCUGGUAUGGGAAAGACAGCUGUGUUUGUGCUGGCCACUCUGCAGCAGAUAGAGCCUGUGGAUGGACAGGUGUCUGUGUUGGUCAUGUGUCAUACACGUGAGCUGGCCUUCCAGAUCAGCAAAGAGUAUGAGCGCUUCUCCAAGUACAUGCCCACUGUCAAGGCUGCAGUGUUUUUUGGCGGCCUGUCCAUCAAGAAGGACGAGGAGGUGCUGAAGAAAAACUGUCCACACAUUGUGGUGGGCACACCAGGCCGAAUCCUCGCUCUUGUCCGCAACAAAACUCUCAGCCUCAAAAACGUCAAGCACUUUGUCCUCGACGAAUGUGAUAAGAUGCUGGAACAGCUUGAUAUGAGACGUGACGUGCAGGACAUUUUCAGGCUCACCCCUCAUGAGAAGCAGGUUAUGAUGUUCAGCGCCACCCUCAGCAAAGAGAUCCGGCCAGUCUGCCGCAAGUUCAUGCAGGAUCCAAUGGAGGUGUUUGUGGACGAUGAGACAAAGCUGACUCUACACGGCCUGCAGCAGUACUACUGCAAACUGAAAGACAGUGAAAAGAACCGAAAGCUUUUCGACCUACUUGAUGUCCUUGAGUUUAAUCAGGUGGUGAUAUUUGUGAAAUCAGUACAGCGCUGUGUGGCUCUGUCUCAGCUGCUGGUGGAGCAAAAUUUCCCUGCUAUUGCCAUCCACAGAGGCAUGGCCCAGGAGGAAAGGCUGUCCCGCUACCAGCAGUUUAAAGACUUUCAGAGAAGGAUCCUAGUGGCUACAAAUCUGUUUGGCAGAGGGAUGGACAUUGAAAGAGUCAACAUCGUCUUCAACUAUGAUAUGCCGGAAGACUCCGACACCUACCUGCAUAGGGUUGCCCGUGCUGGUCGUUUCGGCACAAAAGGUCUUGCCGUAACCUUUGUGUCUGAUGAGACGGAUGCCAAAACUCUGAACGAUGUGCAGGACCGCUUUGAGGUCAACGUGGCUGAGCUACCGGAUGAGAUUGACAUCUCCACUUACAUUGAACAGUCAAGAUGAGCCCUCAAAUCGUGCCAAAGGACCGCCAGCUUACAGACGAACGUGUUUUUGUUUUUUGUCUAGGCUAAUGGAGGAGUUCCCUCCAAUCUGUGCCGAUUUUAAAGCUCUGCACCUCAAUGUGGUUUUAAAAUUACUGUUUCUUUAUGGAAUGGAGGGGAGAUGUCUGCUUUUGUCUGAGUCAUCUUUCUUUUUUUUUUUAUUGAAAUUAAAACUUUUAUACAGUUACUGCUUUAUCGUGUUUGUGCUGUUUAACUGCUUGUUUUGGUUUGUCUGGUCAGCAUUUUAAAUGAAUUAAUGACAGUAAGUUACACCCACCCCCUUUGUGAAUUUGCAGCAGGAAACCAAUAAAAUGCAAGUCCAAAACCUUUGGUGCUUGGACCCCUAAUGCAUAGUGUACUGAUAAUCCUAAAUCACCUCUGAUAUUCUAACGCUAGAAAGGAAGGCCACACUGCUUCAGCUCUAAUAAUGGCUUUCUCUGUCUGUCCUCUGCCUCAACCAUUUGUUUUCAUAGGAAUCAGUAGAUUAAAAGGCUUCGCUGAAUAGCACAAGUAAAUAUCCCAUUAGUGUGGCUUUGCUUAAGGCCUGACAAAGACCUCAGUGUAAUGCCUGCCUUGGCUUUGUGGAGCAGGUGCAUUUGUCCUUCCAUCCCCGAAACAGCUCUGGGCCAAAAUUCCCAACGAGAGGUGCAGCGGUCAUCCUAACUAUUAAUGGACAUGUUCAAAGACACACAUCUUUGUGCUGUGAUGUUUUUUUCAGAACUUAUUCCUGUACAGUCAGUGGGUUUUGUUCAGUAAUGUUUGGUAACAUUGGUCUAGAGUGAAUUUUUCAUUUUGUACAUUUUAAACUUUAUUUUUUGUCCUCCUUUAAAUGGAAUAGGUUUGACAGCAUGACAAAGCUGCAUUAGACAAAGUCAAAACUGUGUUUGUGUAAAGGAACUUUCACAAUGAGGAAACCACAUUAUACAGUCUUUUAUUCAUUAAAAAUGAUUAGUUUUCAGA